AAAAUUGGAAAGACAUUUUAUGUACUUUCAAAAAAAUCUGGUACAGUGAAUCACAAAGAUCUUGCUCUUCAAGGAUUUCCAAGUUAUGGUAUUUUGUGACGCUGUGGGGUGAACUUAUUUGAAAAUUCCCAAGUCUGGGUAAAAAAGACUGAAGAAAAAUUUACAUUUGUAAAUUUUUUUUGUUUGAAAUUCGGAUAUUGUGAUAUUCCAACACUGAGUUAUACAGGGUUAAAUAUCGCCAUUAUAGAUAAAAUCUUGCUUACUUUCCGGUAAAUUUUUUCAAAGUCCCUCUCAAUUGAAGUUUUUAGCUACAUUUGUUUCCCUCCUGGGUCAUUCUCUUGCAGCAUAAGAUGGCUCUUAGCCUGACCUGCACUCUGUACUUCCUGCUUCCCUUUCCUUUACUCUCUGACAAUGACAGAGUCAGCACACCCUUGAGAACAGAUUCACCUCUAUUUAACCGAGUGAGUUGGCUGAUGAACACAAACUCUGUAAGACUGCCUUCUCCCCAGCACGUUUCAUCUCUUCUCUCACCAGUCAUGAAUAUUAUCUGGGUCUGCAUGUCUUCUCUUCUGGCUUUUUCUCCUGUUUUCUCUGAUGAAAACAAAAGCAAAAUAAGAGUUUUCCCCGCAGCCAAUCAGAGCAUAGCUGGUGUAAUCCAGGUGAGUUACCAAAACAACCGAAACCAGCUUCAGUACGCUUUCAAUGCCUCUGAAGCCCGGAAGAUCUGCCAUUCCCUCGGACUCAGCAUCGCCUCGAAGGCUCAGGUGCAGGAAGCUCUCAGCAGAGGUCUGGAAACAUGCAGGUUUGGAUGGACUGAUGAGCAAAUUGGUGUCAUUCCUCGAAUCCACGCAUUGGCUAAUUGCGGCCGAAACCAAACUGGACUGUUGCUGUGGAGAGCCUCCGUAACAAACCGGUUUGAUGUAUUCUGCUUUAACGAAUCAGAUGCGUUAAUACAAUUGAAGGACACAGUGACUGAUAACCCUCUGAGCGACUCUGAGCAUGCAAACUCAGUAAACUCCACCCUCACAACCCAGUCUGCGUCCUCGUCCUCCACCCAUCCUCCUUCCUUUACAUCAACUGAUGAAAUCAAGAGCAAUGAGGUGGAGCCAGCCCGAUUUGUUGGCAGUGCUCAAACCUUUGCUGGAUCAAAAGUUGUACUCAUCUCCUGCAUCUGUGGCCUACUCUUUACCAUAAUAUCUUUUGUUGCAUACUUAAAACUAGGAAGCCACUGUCAUUUGCGCUCUGAGGAGAAGCAGCAACAGCAGCAAGAUUACACCCAGACAGAAGAGUGGAUAUCUGUGAAGACUAUUGCAGAAACAACUAAAGAAGUUCAGGAGGAUCAGAGGAUAGAAGUGGACAAUGGCAAAGAAUAAGUUUUUUUUUACCUAUGUUUGGGAGGUU